CUCCAAGGCCAUGACAGCAGCGUGUCUUCGGUUGCGGUCUCCGCUGAUGGUUCGCGGAUUGCCUCGGGUUCCUGGGACAAGACGAUUCGGAUCUGGAAUGCAGUUACGGGCGAAGCGAUGGUCGGUCCACUCAUGGGCCACACGGAUGUAGUGUUCUCCGUCGCAUUCUCCCCCCACGGAAAACUCCUAGCUUCGGGCUCACGCGACCGUUCCAUUCGCCUAUGGGACUCUGAGACCGGGCAACAGGAGGGGCAGCCGUUACUCGGCCAUUCGGAUUCGGUGUGGUCCGUGGCAUUCUCCCCCAAUGGCGAGCGCAUCGUCUCGGGUUGCCAAGACGGCAUACUCAAAAUCUGGGACAUGAACACAAGGCAGACCAUCCGAGAGCCGCUGGAAGUUCACGAUGGCUCGGUUAUGGCAGUUGCAUACUCACCCGAUGGCAGACGCAUCGUCUCGGGUUCAUACAACAGUACAAUCCGAGUCUGGGACGCGCAGACGGGUGAGACGGUUUUGGGUCCCUUGCGAGGGCACACCGCUCCGGUUACCUCUGUAGCAUUCUCGCCGGAUGCCACCGGGAGCCGCAUCGUCUCUGGCUCGUAUGAUGGUACGAUCCGGAUAUGGGAUGCGCAGACGAGAAGGACUGUGGUGGGGCCGUGGCAGGCGCAUGUAGGAGUCCUGUCUGUCGCGUUCAUGCCCGAUGGCAAACGUGUCGUUUCUGGCGGCGACGACAACCUUGUGAAGGUGUGGGAUGUAGAAGCGAUGGAGGCUAAUGCUUGA